GCAGCUUUGGUACUCUGCACAUGGAAGGAGACAAGGCCUUCGUUGAAUUCUUGACUGAUGAAAUUAAGGAAGAAAAAAAGAUCCAGAAGCAUAAGUCCCUUCCCAAGAUGUCUGGAGAUUGGGAGCUGGAAGUGAACGGCACAGAGGCUAAAUUAUUGCGCAAAGUUGCUAGAGAAAAGAUCACUGUCACUUUCGACAUUAACAACAGCAACCCUCCAACAUUUGAUGGUGAGGAGGAGCCCUCACAAGGGCAGAAGGCCGAAGAACAGGAGCCGGAACUGACAUCAACUCCUAAUUUUGUGGUUGACGUUACAAAGAUUGAUGGCAAGAAGACCCUUGUACUGGACUGUCACUAUCCUGAGGAUGAGAUCGGACACGAAGAUGAGGCCGAGAGUGAUAUUUUCUCUAUCAAGGAAGUUAGCUUUCAGGCCACUGGUGACUCUGAGUAGAGGGAUACAAACUAUACACUCAACACAGAUUUCCUGGACUGGGCCU